GGAGCUCAAAUGAAUUUUUCAGCUGUCCUCAGUAAUACAACGACUGCUAUCGAUGAUGGAUUUUAUCUAGUUGCCUUUCUCACUUUGGCCAACAAAAACUACCUCAUUUUGGCCUUGUCGACUAUCUACAUCAUCACCUUGCUUGGCAAUAUUGUUCUACUGGCCGUCGUCCUAAUGAACUCCAGUCUACACAACCCCAAAUAUCUUGCUGUGUGCAAUCUGGCCAUAGUGGACAUUUCAAUGAACAGUGUUAUCAUCCCUCAAAUGGUGCCCGUCUUUGUGUUCAACCACAACAGGGUUUCAUUUGGAACUUGCUUCUCUCAAAUGUUUUUCAUGCAUUUCUUUGGCGACAUGGAAUCGUUCUCUCUCGCUCUCCUGGCUUAUGACCGCCUGGUUGCCAUUUGCUGGCCCCUGCGAUACCCCACCAUUAACACCAAUCUGAGGAUGAUGCUUAUAAUAGCAGGGAUUUGGUCUCUGGUUUUUCUGCUAGAUAUUUUCCCAGUCAGUCUCGCUGCCAGGCUGCCGUACUGCGGCUCUCGAGAGGUCCGUAGCUGCUGUUGCGAGCAUGGUCCUGUCUACAGAUUGGCCUGUACAGAUAUUUCCUACAACAGAAAACUGGCUACAGCCAAGACACUGGUGACUUUGUUGGGCCCCUUAGUGUUUAUUAUUCUCACUUAUGUGAUAGUGGUGGUGGCAGUGCUGCGGAUUGCAUCCAUAGCACAGCGCUGGAAGGCCUUUCACACCUGUCUCAACCACCUGCUGCUGGUCCUGAUCUAUUACAUUCCAGUCAUCCUGGCGUAUGUACUGGGGAAUCUGCGAUUAGUUCAGAAUGUUGAUGUUUUUACAGCUGUUUUGACAGUGUCUGUUACUCUCCCCCCAAUGCUGAACCCCAUCAUCUACAGCUUAAAGACAGACGAACUGAGAGACAAGUUAGUGAAGAUGCUUAGAAAGCCAAAAGUGACACAAGAGAUCGAUAGAUAG